AAAAUGAAUUUUUUUUUAAAUCGUCUUAUUUUUAAGCGUGGAUUACAAAUCCGUGAGCGGAAAGUGAAUUUUUUCAAUAUUUCUAUUUUUUUAAAUUUUUUUUUAUAAAUAUACAUUAAAAAUAAAAAAUUGUGAUACAUUUAAAUUAAUUGUUUAAAUUUUUUCUUUGAAAAACCACUCAGUGGUCUAGUUUUUUUGGUGUAUUUACUCCUCUUCUUCAUAAACGUUUCUGAAACUUUAUAUUAAAAUAUCAAUGUUAGUGCACUUUUAUUGUGAUAUUAAUACUUACACAUACUCUGCAUCGUGAUGAAUUUUUUUACGUUAAUUCAUUUUUGAGGUCUCCUUAGUUGGGGGACCUAAACUAAACAUUUACCAAAUAUUUAUAUAAGCAUACAAGCCAAAUUUAAUUUAUACAAAAAAUUCAAGAUCCAGGUGCCACAGACAAUAAUUGUUACCUAGAAUCUAACUACUAAAUCUCAAUAAAAUGAGCAAAGCAAAUGGAACAACGCCCCCGCAAUAUACAUACGUUCCUCCACCAUCGGCGCCACCAUCUUAUCAGGAAGCUGUUGGUGGAGUUAAACCGGUUGGACCAUUUACACCAAUUGCAGCAUCUACUGUUCCAUCAUCCAACAAUGCAAUUGUAACCACGGUUGUACCUAUCGGUCGAACUGCUACACAUAUGAUAUGUCCUUCUUGUCAUAUCGAAAUCGAAACUACUACACGUACGGAACCAGGCAUGAUCGCUUACUUGUCAGGAUUUAUAAUAGCUCUUUUAGGUUGCUGGCUUGGUUGUUGCCUUAUACCAUGUUGUAUAGAUGAUUGUAUGGAUGUACAUCACACCUGUCCAAAUUGCAAAGCAUAUCUUGGACGUUAUCGACGGUAAAACUAAAAUUCAACUUGGUUCUAAAGUGUGAAAUAUCCCAAGUGGUAUUUAUAAGAUUUUAUAGGAUGAAAACUAUUUAAUUAAUAACGAAACUAUAAUGAAUAUUUACAAAAAUGUAAUCAACAUUAAUUAACAAAAAUGUCGUCAUCAAUAAGCCUAUUCUUUAAAAAAAUCUUAGAUUAGUUCUGGAUUUACAUACAUACAUAUGUAUGUAUAGGAAAGAAAUCAACAAUUGGAUGUAAAUGACCACAACAUUUUUUUUAACUCUAUUAUGUUUUAAAGUUUAUUUAAAACUAAAUCGAAUAUAUGCAAAUGCUCAAAAGAAAUUUUUUCGAAUUAUUAUUGAAGAAAUUGUAUAUCACAUUUUUAACGAAACUUAGAACACAUAUGUAUAUCUAUUUGACUUUCUGUGUUUGCUUUUAAAGCUUUGAUUCGUAACGCUUAUGUGCCUUAAAUAAGUUAUUGUAACAAACUUCAACAUGGCUUAUUCAUUUAAAAAUACACCAAUUACUUACAACUACAGAAUGAUAUAAGAGAA